AUGCUGAUUUUACUUGAAGCCGGUACGGCUAAUUUCUUUGCAACAUUUCUCAGAAAUACAUGCUACUUGAAUUCUUCGAUUCAAUGUUUGAGUCACACACCAAUUUUUCGGGAAUACUUUACGUCCAAGGCGUACCUCAAUGACAUCAAUACCACCAAUCCACUAGGCCACCAAGGGCAUUUGGCUCAAGUCAGUGCAGUGCUCAUUAAUUCGUUAUGGAAGCAGUUCAAUCAAACUCCUCAGGUACCUCUUCGUCGUGUCCGGGCACCUGGCUCGUACGCAAUGGUCAACGCGCCGUCUCUGACGCCAAAGACAUUCAAGGAUUCGCUAGGCAAGUUCAAUGAUCAUUUUGCUGGCAAUGAGCAACACGAUGCACAAGAGCUGCUCGCCUUUUUACUCGGUGGUCUUUCGGAAGAUUUAAACCGAAUAAUGGACAAGCCAUAUAUUGAGGCACCGGACUCGGACGGCCGACCGGAUCACGAGUUAGCUGAUAUUUGGUGGACAAAUCACUUGAAACGAGAAAUGUCAAUCAUCGUAGCUUUAUUUACCGGUCAAUACAAGAGCUUGUUGACCUGUAGAUCCUGCAAAUACGAAAGCGCCCGCUUCGAGCCAUUCUCGUUUUUGCAACUUCCGCUGCCUGAGGAUGAUCAGCUGACAGUUUCCCUGGUUGUGUAUCCGUUGAAAGACGGUACGGAUACGCUGAAGUAUUGUGUUCGUGUCAACAGUGAUGGAAAGCUUCGCGAUGUGUUGCUGGCACUUGCAAUGUUACUGUAUGUUGAGCAGAAUGGGAAGGCCGUGUCUCCGAUUGAAGACUCGCCGCUGCAAGGUAAUGCAAUGACAGAGAGCGACGGUGUGUCAACAGAUGAAAGUUCGGACGGCGAGGUUCUCUUCGUCAAACCCCGGGCAUCCUUUUUGGCAAUUGCACAGCGGCGCUCGGAACUUGUAUCGCAAAAUUCCCUGCACCCUUUGGCCCAUCGUGUUUUUGGGACUCCAAUUCUGAUGCGUGUGAAUGACCUUCAAACUUGUACUGGGCGUGACUUAUACGACCUGAUUGCAGCACGGGUUCGAAACGUCGUACCCAAACAAGCGAUUCGGUUCCUUUCCGAGAUUUCUUCCUCUAAAAAAACUGUCAAUCUCAAAGAGCAAUCAGUUGAACUCACCAAAACAGGCAAACGACAAUCCGUCGGCAGAACGACAACAGACAUGGAAGAAGUGUCUGCUGGACCUGUCCCUCGCUAUGGAUUCCGAUUGCGCAUUACGUCUCGUGAUGGGCGUCGCUGUCUCAUUUGUCGCUGGUUCGACUGCUGCGUGGGUUGUCUCAUUCCAGAUGACGAUGAAUUUACCACUGGCAACCACGCUGGUUCAAUAACGCUGGAGCAAUGUUUGGACGCAUUUGCCGAGGAGGAAAAGAUUCCGGAAGCCUACUGCUCACGGUGCAAAGACUUUCGUGUACAAACGAAACGCAUGAGUCUUUGGCGAUUGCCGCCGGUGGUGAUCAUCCAACUGAAGCGAUUCCAAUUUACGCAACAUAUGCGUCGCAAGCUUCGUGAUUUGGUUGUCUUUCCCAUAGAAGGUUUGGAUCUAUCACGCAUCAUGGCUCCGGACUCGGAUGAUGGUCGUUCUGAAAUGCUGUACGAUUUGUACGGCGUAGUGCACCACCAAGGCGCUCUCUCGGGUGGACAUUACGUAGCCUCGCUCAAAUCGGAAUUCGAUGGUCAGUGGCGGCUGUUCAACGACGCACAGAUUUAUGAGAUUCACGAUCGCGAUGUAGUAGAUGCGAGCGCGUACAUUUUGUUCUACAUUCGUCGGGACGUUUCGAAGGCACAUCUUUCCAACUUUUGGGAGACUUCGAAGGAAGGGACAUUAAGCGAGGAAGAUAUGGAUACUCUUCUCAAGGGCCGAUCUGAUCGCUGCGUCAUUAGCUAAAAUAAGUUAAAAGAUAAGGCUGUCGAGUAUUGUAGUAAAUGAAAUCCAAUAUUU